AUGGGCUGCGCCUCGAGCGCAGAGAAAGUGGUCGUGCUGGACGACCUCGCGGCUGUGCGCACCGCAUCUGGCCGCGCGCCGUGCGGCAAGUUUCUCUCGGCAGACGACUACAAUCGCGCUUCAGCGUGCUGGACAUUGCGUCAGGACUUUUCACUUGACACGUUUGCAGGACACCUCGAAAGAGUAGUGCGCCUGCAAUCAAUCUUUCGCGGAUACGCCAUCCGCAAGCGUGUGCGCAUCGACCAAAAUGUCUUCAAACUUCUCCGGCAGGCUGAAGCUUCAUGGGCCGGGCCGCAUGCCGCGGUGCGCCCGCCGGUCUGCCGGCCGGGCGACCUCGAGCGUGUGAUCGGGCUCCGGCACAGGCAUGCCAAUGGCGAGGCGCUGCCGGGCAUCUUCAACCCGUAUGCCAAGGCAAGUGCGGGGCCUUGGGCCCGCGCGUCCUUCCACGUCCACACCAGCGACGGCGAGAUCUUGCGCGCCGACAAGCCCACCGAGCAGAUCCUCCGCGACUGCGCCGGAUACAACCUGGUCGGCCUGGUCGCGAAUGCGCACAACGCGGUCGUCGAUGCAGAUCUGGAGCAGCGCGGCGCCACCCUCGGCAUGCAUGUCCUCGCCGGCGCCGAAUUGCUCUUCGAGUCCGGUCUUGGCCCGCACUUUGGCUUCUUCCCUCAACACCCCGAGCUAGCUAUGGCCUACCACCCGACGAUGGGCACGCCCAUCGACCUUCCCAAGGCCGAGAGCUGCCCCAAAGAGCGGCUGUUUGCGGCGGAGCUGACGGGCGUCCACUUCCAUGAGGUUGCAAACGGCUACGUCCGACUCGCCGCUCCCGAGCCGGUGGGCGGCUAUUCGUGGCGGAGCGAUGGACAGUGGGACGCGCUCCUCUCCUCCGGCUGCCUCGUGUGGGGCAUGGGCAGCGGCGACUCGUACCAGGGCAUUCGCAGCGGCAUUCUCGGGCAUGACAACUUGGGUGAGUACGUGCAGACAGGCGUGGGACUCGCGUACAAUGUGCUCUGCGUGGCGCCUGACGCGAGCUUGGAUACGAUGUUGCAUGCGGUGCGGAGCGGCUGCUUCUACUUUAGCACGGGGCCCACCAUCGAUCGCAUUGAGGUGGAGGGCACUCGCAUCACCGUGGCCGCGGCGGGCGCGCACAAGAUCGUCGCGACGACGGACGACGGCGCUUUUCUCACGCAGGAGUAUGGCGCCUCUCUUAGCUUCGACCCGUGGGAUCUCCUUGCGCGCCGCGACGCCGGCACGCGCGACGCCACGUAUGUGCGCGUGACGGUCUCGGAAGCCGUGUACGAGCCCCCAACGCAGGCCGGUGCCGUGCAGCGCUCGCGCAUUGAGUUCGCGUGGACGCAGCCCUUCUGGCUGAGCCUCGACGGCUUCAGCCUCGCACGCGACCGGCGCAGGCACCUUCUCGACGCGGCAGCGCCCGGCCACGCGGCCAGCCUGCGCAAGAACUACAGAGACCGCUUCGACGAGACCUUCCGCGCGCGAUUCGCGAUGGUGGACUGCGCGUAA